GUGGGUAGAAAUUGCUUUAAAUUGGCAUCAACCUUUUUGAAUUGAGCCAGCACUUGCCUUGGUUUUUCCUCCUCUAAGGUGAAAUAGAGAGGAUUACCUUGUACCUUUCCUUCUAAUUCUGAAACUGUGAAUGUUAUGAAAUUGUGUUCCGGAUGUAAUGGGUGCAUAUUGUGGUGCACUAUGGAUGUGAGCAUCUAUGCCUGUGACUUCAGCCCCUGCCUAGAGAUGGCACUUCUCUGCCCUCCCACCCCUGCUGAGGGGGCAGCAGCCAGCCAGAACUUGGCCUCAAAUCAGAGUGCACCGAAGAGCAGCUACCCUUUUGAACAACCACUGCAUCAUGACCCAAGACAAAGAAACUGUUAUCAGAACCUUUUAUUUAAUCUGCAUCAUGACCUUAAUAGUUGGAACCAUAACCCAGAUCUGUGAAGAAAGUGAAUUCAAAGUGUGCAUGUCAAAAAAUAACCUUACUCGGAUUCCAAAAACCCUGCUGCCAACAACCAAAAGCUUAGAUAUAUCUCAAAACUACAUAUCUGAGCUCCAGGUCUCUGACAUCAGCUUUUUGUCAGGGCUUAAAGUUCUGAAACUUUCCCAUAAUAGAAUCCGGAGACUCGAUUUGAGUGUUUUCAAGUUCAAUCAGGAUUUAGAAUAUUUGGAUUUAUCUCAUAAUCAGCUACAAAAGAUGUGCUGCUACCCUGUGGUGAGUCUGAAGCAUCUAGACCUCUCAUUCAAUGACUUUGAUGUGCUGCCCAUCUGUGUGGAAUUUGGCAACUUGACCCAACUCAAUUUCCUAGGAUUAAGUGCCGUGAGGUUUCAACAAAUAGAUCUGCUACCGGUUGCUCACUUGCAUCUAAAUUACAUUCUUCUGGUUUUGGGAGAUUAUUAUAUAAAGGAAAAUGUAAGCGAAAAGCUUCAAAUUCUGAAUACAAAAACGCUUCACUUUGUUUUUCACCCAAAUAGUUUAUUCUCGGUCCAGGUGAACAUAUCAGUGAAUGCUUUAGGGUGCUUACAACUGACUAAUAUUAAAUUGAAUGAGAGGAACUGUCAAGUUUUUGUUAAAUUUUUAUUAGGACUCAUUAGAGGUCCGAUGUUACUGAAUAUUACUCUCAAUAAUAUAGAAACCCCUUGGAAAUGCUUGGUUGAAAUUCUUAAAUUCCUUUGGCCCAGGCCUGUGGAAUACCUCAAUAUUUACAAUUUAACAUUAGAUGAAAUUGUCAGUGAUAUACAAGUCACUUAUCCAGAAACAACAUUGAAAGCCUUGAAAAUAGAACAUAUUACAAAGCGAGUUUUUAUUUUUUCACAGACAGUAUUAUACAAAGUAUUUUCUGAGAUGAAUAUUAUGAUGUUAACCAUAUCAGACACACCUUUUAUUCACAUGCUUUGUCCUGUAGCAUCCAGCACAUUUAAAUUUUUGAACUUUACCCAAAAUGUGUUCACAGAUAGUGUUUUUGACACAUGUUCCACUUUAGUGAGACUGGAGACACUUAUUUUGCGAAAGAAUAGUUUAAAAAACCUUUACAAAGUAAGCCUUAUGACUAAAAAUAUGCCAUCUUUAGAAAUAUUGGAUGUUAGCUGGAAUUCUCUGGAAUCUCACAGGUAUGAAGAAAAUUGCAUGUGGGUUGAGAGUAUAGUGGUGUUAAAUAUGUCUUCAAAUACGCUUACUGAUUCUGUAUUCAGAUGUUUGCCUCCCAAGGUCAAGAUACUCGAUCUUCACAACAAUAGAAUAACCAACAUCCCUAAGAAUGUCACCCAUCUACAAGCUUUGCAAGAACUCAACAUUGCUUUCAAUUCUUUAACCGACCUUCCUGGUUGUGGUACCUUCAGCAGCCUUUCUGCACUGAUCAUUGACCAUAAUUCAAUGUCCCACCCAUCAGCUGAUUUCUUCCAGAGCUGCCAGAAGAUUAGGUCAAUGAGAGCAGGGAACAACCCAUUCCUAUGCACAUGCGAGUUAAGAGAAUUCAUCAAAAAUAUAGACCAAGUGUCAAGUGAAGUAGCGCAGGACUGGCCUGAUUCUUACAAGUGUGACUAUCCAGAAAGCUCUAAGGGAGUCCUGCUAAAGGACUUCCAUGUGUCGCCACUAUCCUGCAACACCACUCUGCUUAUUCUUACCGUUGUGACCACCAUGCUGGUGUUGGCUGCUACUGUGACCUUCCUUUGCCACUACUUUGAUCUGCCCUGGUAUCUCAGGAUGAUGUGUCAGUGGACCCAGACCCGGCACAGGGCUAGGAACAUCUGCUUGGAGGAACUCCAAGGAACUCUCCAAUUUCAUGCUUUUAUCUCAUACAGCGGGCAUGAUUCUGCCUGGGUGAAGAAUGAAUUACUACCAAACCUAGAAAAAGAAAAUUUACAGAUCUGCCUCCAUGAGAGGAACUUUGUUCCUGGCAAGAGUAUUUUGGAAAAUAUCAUCAAUUGCAUUGAGAAGAGUUACAAGUCCAUCUUUGUUUUGUCUCCCAACUUUAUCCAGAGUGAGUGGUGCCAUUAUGAACUCUAUUUUGCCCACCACCAGCUCUUCCGCAAAGGGUCUAACAACUUAAUCCUGAUCUUACUGGAACCCAUUUCACAAAAUGACAUUCCUAGUAAGUAUCACAGGCUGCGGGCUCUCAUGGCACAGCGGACUUACCUGGAAUGGCCCGCAGAGAAGAGCAAACAUGGACUUUUUUGGGCUAACAUUAGAGCUGCUUUUAAUAUUAAAUUAACACUAGCCACUGACAACAAUGAUGUGAAAACUUUAAAAAAAGACCAGGAAAUUCAACUUAGGAGACAUAGACUCUGAUGAACAUGAUGUUUUAAAAUUAUAAAUGGAGGUGCUUCCAUUUUUUUCAUGUACUUGGGAAAGAUAAUGAACGCCUUGUUCCAAAUGAGCUGGGGAAUUGGGCUGGGAGUGAAGGUGCUCAUUUUGCAAUUUAGCUAUGGCUCAGUCUCUUCUGGUUUAAUUAUCUGUUUUCAGCAGGUGAUAUCCAUCUGAAUUACCUGUGCAGUAUUUUUCAAGUAAAGCAUAUGGUGAGUUCUCUUCUUUUGAGAGUCCAAUUCAGUAUAUCCUGGUGAAUAUGUUACACCCCUAUUUGAGAGUCACUGUAAUAUAAUUUGAUUUAAGAGUUUCAGUCAGAAAUAGUUUGAUAUUAGAGAGGAUGGUGGAAACAGAUAUUCCUGAUGAACUUAAAUCUGAUUCUUGAGAAAAGAGGGAGACCCUGUAGGUUCUUGAGUGAUAGAAGUACAUAAUUAAAAUCACAUUUAAAAAAUAAUCAUCUGUUUUUAAAUUGAAACAGACCUUUCUGAAUAACUGCAUAGUCACUCGGGGAGAUUUCCUCUCCCCUUUCCUUUCCCAGAUGGGUUCUGUGUGACCAGGUCAGCAAAAAAAGAAUCCAGCUCAGAAUUGUGCACACGGAUCCUUCAAGUGUGCCAUGCGUUCCUAUUGCCCCCUGGGUGAGCUCUGUCAUCCUGUUCAGCUUUGGGGCUUGAGAAGAAAAUUACUGGAGUGUGAAUAUAAGAAAGCAUGUUUUUCCACAUUUGAGUAAUAGUUUAAUUUUUUGAUCCUGAUGCAAAGAUAGGUGAUAACCGGUGGAGACUCACAGCAUAAAAAUGUAUGUAUAUAAAGAGAAAAAAUAAAGGAUACAGAUGUACUUGCUUGCCACAGGAAUAUAGGGCCGAAUUUACUCAUAUGUGUAACUGGAUGUUGAAUGGGGUUUGUGUGGUUGUUUUAGAAUUCUGGCUCAUGCCCAGAGCUGGCCUGGACACUUCCACCUUGCUUAAACCACUAUAUUUUUGAUUCCUUUGAUAGAGCAUCUUGAUCUACACCCUCAAGAACACAUACAUCUGUGAAAGGGUAGUGGACAGCUCUCCUGUUGUGACAGGACCGUGUGUGUUCCACUCUUUGACCUAGAGCAGAGCAUCCGCUGUCCCAAGGCCCUGCUAUCUCUCACCUGUACAACUGCAAAAUAGCCUCUUCACUGGCCUCCUCGCCCCACGCUUGCCACACACAUUUUCCAGACAGCAGUCAGAGUGAUUUAAGGUAUAAAUUCUACUAAGUUGUUCCCUGCUUAAAACCUCCUACCGACCUACCUUCCUCCUUCCGUCUUUCCUCUUGUCCCAGUUGCCUUCUGGUGUUCUGAAUGCCUCACACUGGCUUCCGCCCGUCUCACCCCUGCACUUGACCUGGAGCCGCUUUCCCUUGAGUCAGCUUGGCUGUCCUCACCAUUACGUCUCACUCCAACACCACCUGGACAGAGGGCCUCCCGUAGACCUCUGGCCACCUCCUGAACGUUUCUCUCAUUGUUACCUUCAUGGCAUGUGUUGCUCUCUGCACUUACCUUGCUGACUUGAUUUCUGCUUCACUGCACUAACAAUAAGUGGCAGGAGAAUGGGAACCUUCCAGAGGGUUCACUGCUUCUCCCUGGUGCUGAGGGCCCAGUGCAUGGGCCAUGGCAGAUCUACAGUAAAAAUCUGCAUAAACAAAUAGCCCUUGUCAGCCUUGAUGUCAUCAGUCCUCUGUUUUAUCCUACAGAACCUUAAGGACAUGGUGCAGCUGGGCUGUUGUGGGUGGGCCCUGCAGGGUCCACACUGAACACCUGUUGGUCUGGAGGUCCUGCCCCACUGGCCUGUGAGCUGCCAUGCCCUUGAGCACCUGGGCCUGUUGUGCUCGAGCACAGCAGCAGCAGCGUCUCUGCUGAGGGCUCCUCUUUCUAGGCUACUUCAGGAGGCGAGAGGACCCGGCUUUUACCGGAGCGGAAUGUGGCCUUGCAGAAGCCUGAUGAGCCUUUCUUAUUGCCCACCUGCCACUCCUCCCUGGCCUGGAUGGACAGAGCCCUUCUGUUUUGAAAGUCAUAAAAAGUAUACUAUUUACUCUGUAUUGAUGCUGUGUUCAUGUGUUGAAAUAUCACACUGUACCUCCUAAAUAUGUACAACAUUUACAUGUUAAUAAAAAAUUUUUUAAUAUAAAUCUAAGGAGGGGAGGGAAAGGAGAUCAAAAAAGAAUUGAGAUGUGUUAAGGCCUGUACCAACUCUCCAGGAUGAAUUUACAUUCAUUAUAUAUGCAAACAUGUAUGAAUAAAUAUAUAUGAGAAAUAAAAAACAAACAUAAAAACAUAUAUCUCAAAAUUGGUCAAAUAGUAGAUCUUAAAUGUUCUUACCACAAAGAUGAUAAGUAUGUGUGGUAAUGACUAUGCUAAUUAGCCUGACUUAAUUACUCCACAAUGUUAUGUACAAUAACACCGUCAUACCCCA